GCUGAUGAGAAUUUCAUGGAGUCCAGCAAGAGUUGCACACGGGCCACAGGAAGAAUCCAAAUACAACUGAAGACCAUGGCAACACACUGGAGACGAAUCCUGACAGUAUUUGUGACAGCUCAAGUACUGUUUGUGGUAAAUGCCUUUGAGGAAGAGGACGUACCGGAGGAAUGGAUUCUUCUUCACGUUGUCCAAGGUCAGAUUGGAGCAGGGAACUACAGCUAUUUGAGACUAAAUCACGAGGGAAAGAUCGUUCUUCAGAUGCGGAGUUUGAAAGGUGACGCAGACUUGUACGUGUCCGAUGUGACACUGCACCCCAGCUUCGACGAGUACGAGUUACAGUCGGUAACCUGCGGCCAGGACGUGGUCCACGUGCCUGCACACUUCCGCCGCCCCGUGGGAAUAGGGAUUUACGGCCAUCCCUCUCACCUGGAGAGCGAGUUUGAAAUGAAGGUGUACUACGAUCGAACGGUUGUACAGUACCCCUUCGGUGAGGCUUCUUAUAACCCUGAGGAGAUGGAGGCACACCAGAAAUAUUCACAGUCUACAGAAGAUGAAUCUCAGGAUGAGGAGUCUGUUUUCUGGACAAUACUUAUUGGAAUCUUGAAAUUAAUACUUGAAAUCCUUUUUUAAAUUGAUACACACUGGACUUAAGUCACACUUCAUCCUUUGAAAUUGGUAUGAGUUACUCGCUGUAAUAUUUAAUACUCACUAUGUUUCCUGAAGAGAUAUUCAGGUUACAUUUCCUAAACCAGAAAGGAAGUGGGGAGAAAAAGCCAUAUUUAAUUUUAUACUGUAAAUCCUCCCCAAUACAUAAAAUGAGCAGCCAGCACAGUAUUUGCAGUGCUUUUCAGAGAUCAGGGCUUAAAAAUGAAUGUAUAGUUGGGAUCUUGUUAAAUUCACUUAAAAUAGGUGCUUAGAAAAAUCAAUUCCAAUUCAGUAUUUUCUAUUGUUUUUUAUAAAGACAAAUGAAUAAACUGCUGCACUUCAGCCCCCCUCUCAAUUUAGAGCAUAUUUAAAAAUAAAACCUGCUUCUUUUCUGGGCAAACAUCUCCAGUAAAACUGAUCAGCAACGUGUUAGAGAGUGUUAAUGAAGUUGAGGAGCUUAGAGUGAAGGAAGAAGAAAACAAUCAAUCACCUAAGGGAAUAGAUGGUCUGUAUUUUGACUGCGUGUGCUCUACAUCACUUCAGCCACCUGUGAAACAGAGGGUGGUCCAGUCACUCAUCACCACUACGAAUCCAUGACCUGAACAAGCGCAUGUUGCUUCUUUGCUGUUACUGCAGGGAGAGGGAACCUUCAGCUGUUGUUACUUGUCAAUAUCACAUUUUCAUCUCUCAUUAAGAACAACACAGCAUAUAGGUAUCUCAAACUUGAGAGGUGCUUUCUUACACUUCCCUUGAUAGCUUUUUGUGAUUGAUAUUUUUUUCAAGCACAUAUUUAUGAAUGUCAUUAGCUUGCAAGGAAAAUUUCUGCCGAAAGGGAUUUUGUAAGAAGGUCAUCUCAU